AUGAAGCAGAGAUACAGGGUCCCGUUUCAGCGCAACUCUGAACUGGUGAAGCAACUGCGCUAUGAAUAUGUGCAGAGGGUGAUGGAGCUAGAUGCAGCUGCUGUGGAACACAAGUUCCUUUACACAGACGAAGCUGGCUUCAACCUUGCCAAAACAAGGCGCAGGGGGAGGAAAGUUAUAGGACAACCACCUAUAAGUGAUGCUGUGCUCACGGAGACAGCUACACAGAUCCACUUCAGUCAUCAUUCAGGCUAUCUGCACAAGGAGUUUUUGCUCAUCAUGGAGUAUACACUUCUGUGUCUGGCAGCCGUUCUUUUGACAAGUGGGCUGGCGAACGCACAAAAUGACGCAACAACAGCUCCCUCUACCACAGUGAUAACGACAACUGGACCACCAACAACAGCUCCCUCUACCACAGUGAUAACGACAACUGGACCACCAACAACAGCUCCCUCUACCACAGUGAUAACGACAACUGGACCACCAACAACAGCUCCCUCUACCACAGUGAUAACGACAACUGGACCACCAACAACAGCUCCCUCUACCACAGUGAUAACGACAACUGGACCACCAACAACAGCUCCCUCUACCACAAUGGAAACAACAACCAUGUUUCUGCUGCCAACAACACCUGCUACGGAGGAAACGACAUUUAUAACCACAACUGAGGAAACAACAUUAAUCCCCACCACCACAACCAUAUUCGAAGCUCCAUGUCAUAAUUUCUGUGAUUGGGAUGAGGUGUGUGUGCAAAGGAAUGGAAUUAAUGGAUGCAGCUGUUCAGAAAGCAAUGAGAGACUCAAUCCAGAAAAUUUUGGUGCCAUUGAAACUUGUUACGGAUCGAGUGGUUCAUUGUCUCUGUCCCGCUGCCAGCUGUUUGACGCUGGAUAUUCUGGGAUGCUCCAUCUUAACGAUCCUGCCUGUCAAGGGGUGAUUGAAGGCAACCGCAUAGUGUUCAGUUAUGACAGUUUGGACCUGUGUGGAACUGUUGUGGAGACUAACACCACACACCUCAUCUACAAGAACUCAGCUGGCUCAACUGAUGCACCACUGGGUGUGAUCAGUCGCGUCGGUGGCCUGAACAUCGCCUUCUCCUGCGUGUAUCCACUCAUCCAGAGCAUCUCCAUGCCCAUGGCCAUCAAAGCAGAAGGAGGUGCGCUGAGCAAGGACAUUGCUAACGAAGGAACGUACCACAUCACCAUGCUUCCCUUCUAUGAUCCUAAUUUCUUGAGUCCUUACCAGGGAUAUGAGACACUGCAGGUGAACCAGCAGAUCUACAUCUCCGUGAAGGUGGAGGAGUUUAACAGUCAUCAGAUCGCCACCGUGCUGGACAGCUGCUGGGCGACUCCGGUCGACGACAUCAACUCGACAAUCCGCUGGGACCUGAUCACUGAAGAGUGUCCCAAUCCUGAGGAUGCCACGGUGGAGAUCUUGCAGAACGGCAUCUCCGAAGUCAGCCAGUUCUCCUUUAAGAUCUUCACCUUUACUCACAACCCCGGCAACAUCUACCUGCACUGCGAGGUCCACCUGUGUCUGAUGAACAAUGGUGGCUGUACAAAGUCAUGCAAUGGAAACCAAACGGGAGGCCAUCGCCGUCGCCGCCGCCGCCGCUCUCUGAAGGACUCGGUUGCCAUUAGCAUGAAAUUCACAUCAUAAUUUCCUUUCGCUAUUUCACACUUUGGUCGAGGAUGAAAUUUUUUAAGAUUACGUAAUCCUAAAGGCAAGCGAUUUAAAAAUAUAUUGUAAUUAGGAAUCAAAUGAUUCUUGUACAUGUUUUAAUCAUCUGCUUUAUGUAAAUGUAAUCCAUUUUAUUUUAACUUUUGAGGUGUU